AUGUCCGAAGAAGACAAGAAUUCCACUACUAGCAAGCCCUUGGCUGCGCUCAACUCCCCCACCAGUCUCAGAGCCGAGUCACCCACUACCGCCCGCCCGCUUGACUUUGACGAUGAACCCCAAGAGAGCGGAGUCACGACUUCCUCUCCUGCUGCUGCACAGCCAGCUCCCGCCGAGGAUGCCCCGCCAAAGCCGCCCAGGCCCCUGAGCCCGAGAGAACAGUCGGAGAUCACAUUGAAGGAGGCUUUCCCAAGCGUUGAGCCCGGCGUUGUGAAGGCGAUCUUGACCGCAAGCAAUUGGAAUGUCGAGCGAGCAUUUAAUGCGCUUCUGGGCAUGACCGACCCCAAGGCCCAAGAAGAAAUGGCACCGCCACCGAAGCCACCCCGUCCCUCCCAGCAGUCUCCCUCUACCACGCAGAGACAGGUGGAUGCAGAUGAACAGUACGCACGUCAGCUCUCCGAGCACUAUAAUGCGACAGGGCGUCGCGCGCCCCCUCCCGGCUGGGAAAGUGAUCCCAGAUACCAGCGACCCAGAGGAAGUGAAGAAUCGGAUGACCGGGAAUAUAACUUUUUCGAUGAUGAUCUACCCGUGAUCCGCGAGAAUAUCCGCAAGGGUUUCUUGGAGACACAGUCCAAGGUGAACUCUUGGGUAACAAAUCUUAAGAAGAGGAUUGAUGGAGAAGAAGGGGAUGAACAGGCCGGACCUACCCAAGGAGAGAGUGCUGCAUACGGCCGUCCCCGGCGUAGCGGCGAUAUGGGCCGUCGCAGCGGUGAUCGUGAGCGUUACGACGCAGACCCCCAGGUUCUUGGUGAUGACUUCUCUGCCCUUGAGCUGAGAGAUGGCGAAGCUCCUCCUCGUCAGCCUCCCCGUCCUCGUCCCAGCGUCAAGACCUCUCCUUCGCCAGACCGACGCCGAGUGUCCUUCCAGGAUGGACCUCCUACUGAAAUCGAUAACCUCUACGAUGCUCCCUCCUCCAAGCGCAACAGCUCCACGGGCAACAAGCCUAGCAAAUGGCAGCCUAUGUCCGCCGUCGAGCCUUCUCCUGUUGCCGAGAACGACCCAUUCAGUCUCGGUGAUAGCGAUGAUGAGAAGGAUACUAAGACCAAGGAGCAAGUUACUGUUCCGGAAAGUGACCAAAUCAAGAAGGCCACGGCAGAGGCCAUGUCUGAUGAAACCCCCAAGGACAAGGACGACCUCAAGUCCGCCAGCAAGCCCGAUGAGUCGAAAUAG